AUGGCCCGAGUCAUAAAUACAGGACCCGGAGACACCGGUGCCAAGGUUGCUGGAACGGCCCAGAAGAGGCAGACUAGAUCGACCACCAGCACACAGAAGACUGCACAGGUAACCACUGGGCCAUCGACUGGAACGGUGCCCACCGCUGGAAAGCAGGCUGCUCAGCCUACUGGCCCAGUGGCCGGUCCAUCAACCACAAGAGUGCCUGCCGCUACAAAGCAGGCCACUCAACUUACGGGCUCAGUAGCUGGGCCCUCGACCGGAAACGGGCCUGCCGCUACAAAGCAGGCUGCUCAGCCUACUAGUUCAGUGGCCGGACCAUCGACCGCAAAGGUAGCUGCAAAGACAGCUGCGAAGAAGAAGAAAAAGUCCACGCGUGGUAGACCUAGAAAAGCAUGCUCACCAUGUCGCCGCGCCAGAAAGAAAUGCAUACAUAUGGGAGAGGAGGAUGAGGAUGACGAAGAGGAAGAGGAAGAGGAAAAUGAUGAUGAUCAGAAGAAGCUUUCUGAAAAGGCGAAGGGUAAACAAAAGAUGAAGAGUGCCGCUGAUGAUGGCGGUGAUGAUGGUGAUGGUGAUGAUGAUGGCGGCGACGGCGACGAUGAUCAGAAGCAGGUGUCUGAGAAGGCGAAGGGCAAACAAAAGAGAAAGCGUGCCAAUGACAAUGACGAUGACGAUGACGAUGCUCCAGGCACGAAACCAGCGAAGAAACGGGGUCGGCCUGCUAAGAAUCAAGCAGCUGUUGCUGGUCCUUCAGGGAGUGCUUCUGCAGCACCUGCAAACUUAUCCAACCCACUGACGGCUGCCGGGCUCAUCGUCACACACCAAUACAUGAGUCAGCAAUUGGGCCAGCGACUCGACAAUGCCGAAAAGAAAUGGACAGAUGCCAUGGAUGCCAUGAUGGAGGCCAAGGAAGCUUUGGAUGCCUGGAAAGACUUCUACUUAAAGCACAAGGAAUCGCCCAGUUAG